UUUUUUUUUUUUUUCGCAAUGCAAGCACUGAAGAAUAAGCUGAAGAAAUACGUGCCACGGCACAACAAGCUUGAUGUGGAGAAGCACUACAAGAUUGGCAAGGAGCUUGGCUCGGGCAAUUUUGCAGUGGUCAAGGCCGCAGUCAAGCGCGACACAAACCAAAAGGUCGCCAUCAAGAUGAUUGACAAGAAGCUCUGCGAAGGCAAGGAGGACAUGAUUGAAACCGAGGUCGCCAUCCUCCGCCAAGUCCAGCACCCUAAUAUCGUCGGCAUGAUCGAGGAGUUUGACACGCCCGAGAAGCUCUACCUUGUGCUCGAAUUGGUCGAGGGCGGCGAGCUCUUCGAUCGCAUUGUCGACCACGGCUCGUUCACAGAGCAGGAUGCCAGUCGCUUGAUUCGUCAAAUUACCGCUGCCGUCAAGUAUCUGCACGAGCGCGAUAUCGUCCACCGCGACCUCAAGCCGGAGAACCUGCUCUUCCGAACCCCCGACCACGACUCUGACAUUAUGAUUACCGAUUUUGGUCUUUCCAAGCUGAUCAACGAGAACCUGGCCCUGGAGACUGCCUGCGGCACUCCCAACUAUGUUGCUCCUGAAAUUCUUCUGCAGAAGGGCUAUGGCAAGCCCGUUGACAUCUGGUCGAUUGGCGUCAUUACCUUCAUAUUAUUGUGCGGCUACCCGCCGUUCUAUGACGAAAGCGACGCCCUGUUGUUCCAAAAGAUCAUGAAGGGCAAGUUUGCGUACGACCCCUCAUACUGGUCGACCAUUUCUGACUCUGCCAAGGAUGUCAUCUCAAGCAUGUUGAUUGUCGAUCCCAACCGACGCCUGACUGCCGAUCAGGUCCUCGCCCACCCUUGGGUUUCCGGCAAGACUGCUCGCGAUGUCAACCUCAGCGACUCGAUCAGCCAGAACCUCAAGUCGUUCUCCAGCGGACGCGUCAUGUUCCGCAAGGCCAUCGCUGCCGUGCAGGCCACCAACCGCAUGAAGCGCCUCGCGUUGAGUUCGCCAAUGGACAACGCGUCCCACCGAUCAGAGCCGACCUCGCCCACUUCUCCUUCGAGCGAUGCCAGCACUAGCGACGGCAACUAACGCUCAAGCGGAUUUUUUUUUUUUGUUUUCAAAAGCAAUGUUUUCACCAUUUUGUUAUUGUCGUCAUUGCAGUUGUCGUUCUCGUUGUUGUUGCUGUUUUUUUUGUUUUGGUUAUCGUUGAUGGUGUCGCUUUGGCUUGCCGGUCUCCCUGUUUGUUUUUUGGCUUCAAACACAAUUUCGUUUCAUCA